UUGCUACUUGCCGAAUUCUCUGGUUACGUUUGCUAUUUAAUGUUUCACUUACAAUGAACUGCAUAUAGCAAGUAAAAUGGUUUUCUUUUGUGGCGUCAUAGAAAGGUUGUCAGUUUCUACCCUCGAGCCCAUAGCAGAUCUUCUAUAAAACACACAAUGAUGUUCUCUCAAAGUUCAGUGCCACAAAUAGGGAAGCACUUUCAAGAAGAUCUAAGCGAGUGAAAGAUCUCCUACGAGUGUUGAAAAUGUCUUGUUCCGGGUGUACAAUGAAUCAAACCACUUCUCUAAACGACAACCAAACCGCUACAGGUUCUUCGCUUCUUCCUGAGCCCGAACCUUUACGAAUUGUCCGUACCGUGGUCGUCAGCCUGUUGCUGGCGUUUGCUCUGGUUGGAAAUUAUGUGGUGUGUCGAGCAGUUUGGAGGCAACCAGGCAACAAACCCUUCGCCCAUUACCUUGUAUGCAACUUGGCUUUCGCCGAGAUCCUCAGCACCGUUAGUUUCAUGUUUACAUUUCAUGCCGACGAACCCCCGUGGUCUUGGAAGCUCGGAUUAGCAAUGUGCAAGAUACUGACUCUGGCACAAAUGGCUAGUCUGCUGGUUAUCACAACGACCCUAGCCAUUCUUGCUGUUUACCGCUGUCUUCUCCUCGUCAAGCCACUCGUCACUAAACCAACCCGCCGGCAAAUGCGUUGUAUAAUAAUUUUCACAUGGGUGGGGUCCGUUUUUCUGUCUGUUCCCACGUCAGUUUUCCAUGUCGUGCAAGUGUACGAGGAACAUCGUCUAUGUGAAGAAAUACCUCCCCCGGGUUACGAACGUUUUAAGGAUCUUUAUUCCAUUGUUGUGUUCAUAUUAAAUUUCGCCCUGCCGCUAGCAAUAAUGGCGGUGUCCUAUGCUUUGGUCAGCAAAAAGAUUCGGGAACAUAUCGUUGUUAUUGCAAGGUUGCGGGAUGAGCAGAACAAAGCUUUUUCUUCAGUUACUAAUCAGUCCACUUUGUACCCGGAGGAUCCUCAAGGAGCCUUGAGCCUGCUUAGUCAAUCUGGGACAGAAAACCGAGAGGAAAUCAAGUUGAUGAACAUCAAAGUUGACACCAAAGAUCUAGGCGUAAAGCCAGAAAAGGAAAAGAAAGAAUCACACGAAAACGCUUCAUAUUUAAGCGAGGUGCCACCCGUGAACAACAAAACGUUUGAACUGGAGAAUGAUUUAUUACGAAUGGUAUUUGCACUUGUUUUGAUAUUUGUAAUCUGUUACAUUCCUUAUCAAGUUCAAUGGCUUCUGUUUGAGUUCCGGGUAAACGCAUUUAUAAACUGGCCAUAUCGUUAUAUUGUAAGUAAGAGUGUCUUUGCUUUGACAUGCUUUCCUAGUGCCAUGCAUCCGGUCUGUUACGGAAUGAUGAGUAAGUUUUACCACAAAGCGUUUAUCAGAAUUAUAGCCUGUAGAACCUAUAAAGACGGCAACGGUUAAUAUUAUGGGUCAGGCAUGGCUUACGGUGCAUAAGAACAGGCUUCAAUUGAGUGUAAAAUGUAAUCCGAGAUAACUUCGGUUUGCUUCGUUUUGCUCUGUGUUUGGCCCAAAAACCAAUCAGAUACAAGACUAAAACCAAUUGUGACUUGGUCACCCGCGUUUUCCCGCGCUUUAGACGUCUUCUUGUGUUUGUUUUUCUUGUUCUUAAUUCUCAUUGGUUCCUUGUAAUUUUUCUAUUGUUUUUAUUGGCUGUUGUGAUUUCUACGGUUUUAGACACUCAAUCGAAAAGCGCACUGACAUAUGGUAAGAAAUAAGCUUCGGCUUGCAUUUGAUUUGAUAAAAAACAACAAAACUGACAGAAUAUUUAAGCAUUACCUCUGUCAAGUAUUUUGCCUCAAACUUGAUAAGCCUGAGCCACCCGCCUUCCUCAAAACUGAUUACCUGGCAUCUGAACGGCGCUUUUCGCGCACACUAACUUACCAUUUCGAAAGUGAUUAGUGAGCACCAUUCACCUCUACGAAGCCCUAGAGAAAAAUCGCGUGUGUAGAGACCAAUUUCCGGCCAUUUUUUCGGCUUUAAAUAUAGUCUCACAAACUUGGAUGAAUUAAAUGUUAGGAAAGGCUGACAUAGCAACUGAGCUCUUCCCCAUGGGUAAGAUUGCACAAAACAGUCGUUGAAGCUGUGAAGUCAGCCCUUGAUAUCAAGUCUAACAACUGCUAUUUUAAUAUAAAAGUAUUGUUGGCAAAGGCCCUUGUCAUGGAAAUGUAAUUUUUUUUUAUAUCGCGUCUCAAUGACAAUAGUUGUUCCUGUUCAAGUAGACGCGUUGAUUGACAUUUGAUUAAUAACUGAUUUGUGAU